AACUAACUGCACGGGCCGGGGCGGUGUUAUUAAUUAAGAGUGAUUGGCAUUUCACUACUACCAUGGCAAGUGAGCAUAAAAGCAGCGAGAAGAAACUGGCCGGAAAAGUUGCGAUCAUCACCGGAGGAGCCAGUGGUUUGGGGGAGGCCACCGCCCGCCUCUUCGCGGAGCAUGGCGCCAAGGUGGUGAUCGCCGACAUUCAAGAAGAAAAGGGGCGGGAAGUGGCGGAAUCAAUCGGUGGCGGCGGGUCAUCGUCGUCUCAUCAUCACUUCGUGAAGUGCGACGUGAGCGACGAGCAACAAGUGGAGUCCCUCGUGAAAGCCACCGUCGAGGCUCACGGCCAAGUCCACGUCGUGGUGUGCUGCGCGGGGGUGAUAUCCGGCCAGGACCAAGACAUCCUCAACCUCGACCUCGACGCGUCCGACAGCCUCUUCGCCGUGAACGUGCGCGGGACGGCGGCGAUGGUGAAGCACGCGGCGCGCGCGAUGGUGGACGGCGGCGUGAAGGGCUGCGUGAUUUGCACCGCCAGCGUGACGGCGACGUUCGGGACGGCGCUGAAGAUCGACUACGCGAUGUCGAAGCACGCGGUGUUGGGGCUGGUCAGGUCGGCCAGCAUAGGGCUGGGGAAGCAUGGGAUCCGGGUGAAUUGCGUGUCGCCGUCGGCGGUGGCGACGCCGUUGCUGUGCACGUCGAUGAACAUGCCGGAAGAGGAGAUCGACAAGGUUUUCGAGCCGUUUAAUGUGCUGAAAAAUGGGGAGUUUCUCAAGCCCAAAAAUGUAGCAGAUGCAGUGUUGUUCUUGGCUUGUGACGACUCGAAGUUUGUGACCGGCCAUAAUUUGGUAGUGGACGCCGGUUUCCACCCCAAUCAUUGACC